AUGGCGCCUAGCUUUCGACUCAUUCGCCGCUGCUUACUCUCCGCUUUGCUCAUACUGUACACCAGCUGCUUCAGUAUCUCGCUGGCGAUUCAUCGACACGUACUUCAUGGAAACGCCCUCAUAGCAGUCGCCUUCGAAUCCGCCAUAGCGGCGUUGUGUUGUGCUUGGGUGUUGCUCAGGAAAUCAUUCACUCGACGUCCACAGCUGAUAGGUUACGAAACUACGAUGGCGUUCACAAUAUUACCUUUUGAACUCGUCCUAGUCCUCAUCCUUCUCUCAUUGAAGCCAACGACACUCGCACCAGACUUUAUCUCCAGUGUGCUAUUCGGCCUCCAGAUCAUUACAUACGUCAAAACCGCACUACUCGCUUCAUACUGCUUAUUCCUGAUCACCGUAUCAAUCAUCGUCGCCUACAAAUUCGAUCGAUUAAUUUGGAUACGGGAUAUCGACGAGUCACCAUCACCUUUUCCUCCAUCGGUCGUUCUGGCCUUCUUGCUUCCAUGGCGCAGCUACCCCUCCAUCCCAGCCUCUUCCUCGGCCUUCGACCAGGGUCCUCAGCCUUACGCUCCUGUCGAGUCUAGACACUUCUGCCUUCCCGAAUGCACCUGUACUUCGAAGCAGCUCCUCACUGCUCCCCAAGCGUCUCACAUGUCGUCUCAGUCUACGUCCACGUCUACAGAAGCUUCUUCGACGACGCAGAGUGAUACGCAAUCGACGUUGUCUAAGCUUAUGGUUAAAGAUGAAGAUCUUCCAGAACAUCGGAUAGCGGGCUCGUCUUCCCUCUCUCGCUCCCUCAUCCGUAUACCGAAUGACUACGAAAGGCGUUGCUCCAUCGAAGUCUCCCUAUGA